ACGGUAUGGCCGGGCGCGGGGCCGCAGCUCCCCCGCUGUUCGGCGCGGCGGCGGCCGGCUCGUUGGCGGUGUGCGCGGUGCAGCUGGGCCUGGCCUGGGCGCUGGGCCGGAGGCUGGGCGGGCGCUGCGCCCCGGCGGAUCGCUGGGUGCUGGGCUGGCUCUGCUACGACGUGCUGGUGCAUUGCACGCUGGAAGGCCCCUUUGUAUACCUGUCUUUAAUAGGAACAGUGGCAGAGUCAGACAACAUAUUUGCCUCUCUGUGGAAAGAAUAUGGAAGAGCAGAUGCAAGGUGGCUUUAUUCUGAUCCAACCAUUGUGUCUCUGGAAAUACUAACUGUUGUUUUGGAUGGCCUUCUAGCACUGAUCCUCAUUUAUGCUAUUAUCAAAGAUAAGUACUACAGGCAUUUCAUACAGAUUACAUUGUGUGUUUGUGAAUUAUAUGGUGGGUGGAUGACAUUCUGCCCAGACUGGCUCAUUGGAAGUCCUAACCUAAACACCAGUAACUGGCUUUACCUGUGGGUCUACCUGGUAUUUUUUAAUGGCAUAUGGGUAGUGUUACCUGGACUUUUAUUGUGGCAGUCCUGGUUAGGACUUAAGCAAAUGCAUCAUGAAAAAUCAAAUAUUAGAAAGAAGAUUAGAUGAAGAUAAGCCCACUUCAUUAACCCCAUUAAUUGAGAGAUUUUAAAUUGAGAGUGUAAGCAGCAUUAUUGUUUUUGCAGAGAUGCAAUCAACUGUUCAUCUUUGUAGCUCACAUGUAAAUUUUGUUGUAGGACAUUGUAUUUCAGACUGAUCCUUUCUUAAGAGGAGGAAAAUAAUGUACAUCAUCAAUGAUGUAUAUAAAAGUACUCAAACCAAUUGCCAUAUUACUACACUGCAUACAAUAAUAAACAAUAUAUUUUAUAACAAAA